AUGGACGAAAAAGGAAGUGGCAACUCACGGCUCAGCGGCGAUCAAACCGUUCAAGCAAGCAAGAACCUCUCCAUACCUAAGGCUACUGCAAACGAUACUAUUUCCAUUCCUAAUGGCGGAACAAAGGCGUGGAUCCAAACUGUGGGAACAUUUUUCAUCUUCUUCAAUACCUGGGGAAUCCUCAACACAUUUGGCGCAUAUCAAACCUACUACGAGACGGGAGACCUAUUCAGGGCGUCAUCUUCCACUAUCUCAUGGAUAGGCUCGGUGCAAUCCUCUUUGCUGUUAAUCUUAGGGUUAAUCACAGGUCCUCUCUACGACGCAGGUUACUUCCGUGUUUUGUUGUCCACGGGCUCCUUCCUAGUAAUAUUUGGACAAAUGAUGACCAGUCUGUGUCACGAAUAUUAUCAAGUCAUUCUUGCACAGGGCUUCUGCAUUGGCAUUGGAGUCGGACUUAUCUUCAUUCCUGGUGUUGCUAUUCUGUCCACCUAUUUUGAUACAAGGUUGGCCCUUGCAAAUGGGAUCGCGGCCACAGGGGGCGGGUUAGGUGGAGUUCUGUAUCCGAUAAUCUUCCACCGACUCAUUGACCGAAUUGGAUUCGGCUGGACUGUACGAGCAAUGGGUCUGAUUGUCUUCAUUACACUUCUGAUUCCACUAUUGGUAUUUAAAAUCCGAGCUCAGCCUUCCAGCAAACGGAAAAUGAUGGAUCUUUCCGCGUUUAAAGAACCCGCAUAUACAUUCUUCGUUCUGGGUGGAAUCCUGACAUUCAUAUCGCUUAACAUUCCCUUCUUCUAUAUCCAGUACUUUGCGGUUACCAAGAAGGUUGCUGCCGACGAAGUGGGAUUUUACCUGCUGUCGAUUAUUACAACAGGAUCAGUCCUUGGCCGAAUAGUCCCCAACAUCUUCGCAAACAAAGUCGGUCCGUUCAACAUCGUUUUUGUAUGCACCAUGAUAUGUGGUGCCUUGAUGUUUGCACUGAUUGACCUGUCCAAUAUGGCGGGAGUUGUGGUGGUUGCGUUGCUGUAUGGGUUCUUCUCCGGGGCAUUUGUCUCGCUGCCACCAACAUGCUUUGUUCGCCUUUCUCCCAAUAGGGCUUUGAUUGGAACCAGAAUGGGAAUGGGGUAUGCGGCCAUGACAGUGGGUAAUCUCAUUGGAACCCCGGUGGCGGGGACAAUUCUACAGGAUCACGGAUUCAACGCCAUGUGGGUUUUUGGAGGAAUUAUGUCGGUUGCUGGCGGUUUGGCCAUGAUGAUGAGUCGGAAUAUACUUGGUGAAUGGAAGCUUUUGGCAAGUAUAUAG